AUGGAUAAAUUGGCUUCUUAUCUUAAUUUAGAUUUAGAUUAUUUUAGUGCCGCUUCCAGAUAUGACAAUAACAUUUUUCAAAAAUAUGGUUACGGCAAAUUAUCUCCUAGUGGAAGAGCUUGUUAUCUCAGCCAUUAUAUGAUUUAUAAAUCAAUAAUUGAUAAAGGCUUCCAUAGUGCUUUAAUACUAGAAGAUGACGUUGAUUUUGAAACUGAUAUCACAAAAAUUAUGACAAGGAUUCAUCGUAAUUUACCCGCUUAUUGGGAUACUUUGUAUAUUGGUCAUUGUUAUGAAGAAAUAGGUAAACUUGUCGAUGAUAGUUCUUUUGCCAAUAGACUAUAUGAAUCAGUGAUGCCAAGUUGUACACAUGCUUAUGCCGUUUCGUAUUGGGGUGCCCGCAAGUUGUUGGAAAAACUUGAUCCUAUGAUACCUGUACCACAAAAUAAUACAAUUGAUUUAGCUAUUCUCAAAAAAAUUAAGAAUAAUGAGAUCACGUCAUAUAGUGUUCAUCCACAGCCUAUUAUACAAUGGAAAACUAAGGAUAAUCCAUCUGAUAUUCCUGAAUCACUAAGUCCACAUUUUAGUUUAAAAAAUUCCACAUUAUACCUCCUUGGGUAUACUUAA